AUGGCCGCCAAGCAGGAGUACAUAAAGCGUUUAGUGGAAAAUGCUUGUCGAUCUGGUGAAGAAUUUAUCAACUUAUACUAUGAAACUUUUGACAAACGAAGACAUGUUUUGUCGAAGCUCUACACGGACACAUCCGAAAUAGUGUGGAAUGGACACCAUGUGAAGGGGUUUGAUGGAUUGAAUGAAUAUUUUGCUUCACUACCUGCCUCAGCUCAUCAUGUUCAUGCUGUAGAUUGUCAACCAGUCUCAGAAAAAGUUUCGCCCGGAAGUACGACCAUUGCGGUAUUUGUUGAUGGUACCGUGUCAUAUGAUGAUGGAAAACCGAAAAUAUUUUCGCAAAACUUUGUUUUAAAUGCCGAGGGAGAUGUUUGGAAAGUCGUCAGCGACUGUUUUAGAAUCACGCCGUAACGUUGCACGCUACCGACUGACAAGAAUACUGUUUCAAUGGUGAACGUUGUUCUACCGUCCAAAUGUCACAUUGUUAGAUUCCGGUUUGGUUUGGUAGAUUCCUGGGUUUCGCCACUUGGCGACCAAAUUAUCUAACGUAAAGCUUUGUAUUGCAUGCUCUGCUGUGUGAAUGACAAACAUGUGACAAGGUUCAUUGUCCUUGGCACUAGAACUACACCUCUGAGGAUCUUACAUCCAACCCUAAAAUGAUUCGUGAAUCAAUUCCAAAGAAUAUAUUUUGGUUGUUAUUAAACAGCAA